AGCUUGCCUCAUGACUGGCUUCUGGUUUGACGGGAACAAGAGACGAUUUAAUCUCUGGUCGUGAAAAAUAUGUUUGUUUCAAGUUGUUAUAGUAACAAAGAAAAGGGUUUUUGGAAGAGAAGUAUGCAACGCAAUUGAAGUUCUAAGUAUAAGAUGGUCAUGUGAAGUUGUAAAUAGCAUUACAACUGCGUAGUAAAAAAAAAUAUUUUCAGGUGGUUUAAUGCUAUUCUAUUAACAAGUCGUAUGUUCAUUGUUGUUAAAUCGUAAGAGAAAAAAGAGCGCCAGCGCGAUGUGGCGCCACCUGGAGCCGGGAAGCUCGCCGGUCGACUGGUGCGAGGGCAACUACCUCAUAUCCCCUCUCAUCGCCGAGUUCGUCAACACGUUCAGCAACGUGCUGUUCUUCCUGCUGCCGCCGGUCAUGAUGCACCUGUUCCGCGACUACGGCCGCUCCGUCAACCCGGGCAUCCACGUCAUCUGGCUGCUGUUCAUCGUGGUGGGCCUCAGCUCCGCCUACUUCCAUGCCACCCUCAGCCUCAUUGGCCAGCUGCUGGACGAGCUGUCCAUCCUGUGGAUCUUCAUGGCCGCCUUCUCCAUGUUCUUCCCUCGCCGCUUCUUCCCCCUCUUCUUCCACAACGACAGGAAGCGGUUCGGCCUGGCGUCGGUGGUGAUCACGCUGCUGGCGACCGGCCUGGGGGUGCUCCACCCCGCGGCCAACGCCUUCGCCCUCAUGACGCUGGGCGUGCCGGCCUUCUUCCUGCUCAUCCACGAGCUCAGGAGGUGCGGGUGUGGCCGCGUGCAGCGCCUGGGCGUGCGUUGCGCAGCCGUGUGGGUGCUGGCGGUGGCGUGCUGGCUCAACGACCGCCUGUUCUGCGAGACGUGGCUCGCCCUGGACUUCCCCUACCUGCACGCCCUGUGGCACGUCCUCAUCUUCAUCGCGUCCUACACGGCCCUCGUGCUGUUCGCGUACUUCUCGGUGCGCGAGGAGCGGCCCGACACCUUCCCCGCACUGCGCUACUGGCCGCGCGACGCCUUCGAGCUGGGCGUGCCCUACGUCUCCCUGCGGCCGCGCCGGCCCGCCGACGGCAAGGACGUGUGAGCGCGGGCCGUCUGCCCUCAUCGUGUGUCCCACCGGCUUCAACCUGGUGUUAAUAAACAUCUCAACAAACUUGUUUUGUAACCAGUUUUAUAGCGUUUUUAUACCAAGCUAGUAUCAUUGGUGAUAUUCAGAUAUGAUAUGGUGUUUAUGUACAAAUAUGUUUCAUUGUUUGUAUUUUUGAUAUUUGAACCGAGUAUAGUAUUGAGUAAUUUGUUAGAGAAGCGAAGACCUGAUACUUUAUCAUGCUAUUUCCAAAGUAAUUGUUUGAAGGAAAAAAAAUUGAUAUACGUUCACACUGAAUAUAUAUUUUCGUAAUAUAUAUACUAAUUGUUUUUUUUUUUUUUAAAUAUGGCUGAACCAUAAAAAUAUAUACUUAUUGUGACUUAAAUGAUAAUAAUGAGUAUUUGUAGGUGUGGCAUUGAACUUUAUAGUUUUCAACAUUAUUAACAAUUUUGUUGUACUAUCAGUCAUCCAUAUAAUUACCGUAUGACUGCGUUGGAUGAACAUCCUGUAUAUUUGUUUUUUCUCAGUUUUAGUACGCAGUUAUGUUUCUAAACCUUUUAAAAUAAAUUUUUGUAAAUUGUCCACUUGAUGUUCCAGAAUAAUGUAAAGGAAAAAAAUGAAGUUCCAACUAAAAUAAUGCUGAACCAUUGCUUUGGUUUAGUGUGUGUUGGGGGGGGAAAAAAGUUAGAAAUUACAUAUAUUUCGGUAUGUCUUUUUGUAGGUAGUUUCUAAACAUUUACUUUAUUCUUCUGUCUUAAAUCCUCUAAAAAGUUGUGUGUGUAUAAAACUUUAUUAAAAUUUGGUUUAUAAAUUAUCUAAAA